AUGGCUGUAGCCCAGCACCAGUUUUGCUUGGAAAGAAGAGACAAUAAAACCUAUCUCCACCCUGUCCGCAGCAUGAGUGAGAUAGCAGCUGAAUUGUCUCAUAGUUCCACUUCCCUGUCAGGAUCUGGAGCAUCAGACCUUAGUCGCAGUACCAGCUCUCAUAGUUUGCCCAGUCUCUCCGCAUCUAGAUAUGAUGUAAAUAUUGAUCCUGAGAAGGUCAAGAAGGAAAUGUACCAAGCAUUAAAGGAGCGACAGGAGGCCCUUAAAGAAGCCCUAAGAAAAAAAAAUGAAGAAUUCAAACAACUUUGCAUCCAAGAAGGGGAGCUUAUUGGCCACCUCCCUAAGGAUACUCCUCUGGCACCAGGUGAACAACCACCUAUCAUUCGACGGCGGGUCAAAACUGCUUUCAGCCUCUCCUCAAAACUUGUUCCAAAAGAUGGAGAAGAUAUGGAAGACCAACUUGCUCGGCUUGAUUUGGAGUAUGAGUUACAAAGUAAAAUUACCAGUGCUGCUUACAAAUUGGCCCAUGAUCGAUCGGUCAGUAAACAAGUUCGAAAGCAGAGGAAACAGGUUUAUCACAAAGCCCAAACAAAGUUAAAAGACAUGGAGAAAACUCUAAAUGAAAUGAAGAAAAAAGCUGGUCAUUCCACUCUCAAACCUUGCCCUGUUUAUGAAGACCCAAGUGAAGACAGUCUUGGACCCACAGACAGUGAAUCAGAGAUUGUCUCACCAAGUCCCUCUCCAAUUCCACGUCCAAAGAAAGAUUAUUCACAAACUGGUUUUACUAAUAACAUGGAAGUUAUUCAAGAUGAUCCAACAUAUGAUCCUUUAGUGACUGACCGGGAAGAAAGAAUCUCACCCUUACCGCCAGGCUCACCUUCACACCUUAGUCCCUCACACAGCAGUCCACAGCUUAAGGGUGGCUAUACACCGAGCUCAGUCUACUCCACUGGCACCCAAUACCGUAAUCAACGCUAUCCCACAUUUACCAACCGCACAGGACCUCCUCCAGUUGGUGGAGAAUAUCUUGCUUCCAACUUUUUCAAAUACAGUGAGAAGCUUCGUCGUGCUCGCAUGCUGGAUAGUUAUCAGCGCCAAUUGAUUGGUGACGACCGAUUGGUGCAUCUGUCAAAACUCGCUCAACAAACGGAUUCCUCUGUGAACUCUUACUAUAGUAGCUCUUAUACUAGUGAGCAUUCAAGCUCCUCUUCUCCAGUUUCUUCCUUUUCUCGGAUACAGCAAGUAACUCCUUCUUCCCCUUAUAUGGCUUACCAUCAUUCCCAAGUCCAACACCACCAAUCGUCAUCACCCCAACAACAGACGCAACCACAGUCAACACCUUCAUCUCCUUUCCCGCAGUAUUGGAGGGAAUUUGAACAGCAUGCUGGGACUACUUUCCCUCUACAGAGAGGCGGAACCCCUGGUGUCUUGGGCAGUGGUAGUGGUAUGUCUAGUAUGAGUUCACGAACUGUCACUUCUUCAUACCAUCACUCAGUUAGUAGCAGUAGUAGUAGUAGUAGUAGUAGUCACAUACAGUACUCGUCGGCACAAAGUGUGUCACGGGUGUUUCGAUCACAUCAGGUGCAGACAAGCCGACAUACCCAAUAUCAGCCACCUCAGCCGAUGACUUGUGAACCUGUUGCAGUGCGUGAUAUACCCUCCCCAGGCUCUAAUCCUGGCACAGGGUCACCAGCCAAUCUGUCAAAUCUCUCCAGUCAACCGCCAACUCCCAGUGAAGGUGGUCAGCUAAAGUCUCGUGACAAUAGCUUCACUUUUGAAACAGGAGAGUCUCUGGCUGAUGCAUUCAGUGAAGAAAUGUUAGCCUGGAGUCAGAUAAAAUUUGAGGUAAAUUUGCAGAAAGAAGUCUGGUUUCAAGCAGCAUCAAAGAGGCACACUGUUUCUUCGCAGAAGAUAAGACUUUAUUUCUCUCUCUCUCUCUAA